GCGAAAUCGUGUCCAACACAUGAAGCAACUGAUCUGUGAGAAAAGACAUUGUGGUAUUAGAGACUGGAUCAACAAUAAUCUUUUGGCUAUUGGUUUUGUUUGUUUUUUUUGUUUAAAAAAAAAACAGGUGAAAAUAGUGACUUUAUGUAUGAGUAAAGGUAAGAGAUGGUGUUAGGGAUAUACACCAGAUGUAGAUAUGAGAAUAGGAGACAAUGCAAAACAUAACAGAGGACUAAAGUCAUCAAGACUAAAGUCAUCAAGAGCUCCACUGGUUUAGAGACGGAUCAGGAUAAGAGAAGAAGAAAGUCACCAGCAUCAGGUCGCUCCCAGUCUUUUGUGGAGGAGUAUCGGGUGUUUUUGACUCUACUUCCCUUGCCAGAGUGCUGACAACAGGAGAUCGUGGAGACUGAAGUGUCAUUCUGCAGUGCCACACAUGGACAAACUGAGGCACUUCCCUCAGGCAGGGGGUGAUGAGUCAAAACUCUCAGACUCAGCCAUCCGACCAGAGCGUGACAGUGAGGUCAGACAGUGCAAAAGAGAACCAGGUGACUCAGUGAUCACUACAAGAGUCAGGAUGGAAGAACACUCAGAUGUUCCUUGCAAGGUGCCUCGCUUCCAGUAUUGUGACUUUCCCUCACUACAUCAGUGCAUCAAGCAGCUAUCCGUGCCACCACUGGAAGGCUGGCUAGCCUCAUGCCCGCUUGGAAAGGUGCCAGCACACCGUCCCAGCAGCCCAAAGGAGAAGGUGCCGAAGUUUAAAUAUGUGGAUUACCCAUCACUCUACCACUGCAUCCAGCAGCUCUCUGUGCCUCCACUAGAGAUCUGGAGCUCAAAACUUUCAAAACCCAACCCAGGAGGGUUACAGACAGACACAGUAGGACUCCAGUGUCCCUCUCAGUUGCUUGGAGAAAGAAGGAAAAAUGAAGAGAUGCAGGAAAAUAUAGCAGCGAAACAAAGAAAGGAAAAGUGGGGGAGUGGGAGCACAGUCCGUGUCCCAAUUCCAGAGCAGGCAGUGUUGCAGUCUUGCAUGAAAGCUACACAGCCAAGCACAGCCUUAGUGAAGGAAGAGAAUUCCCAGGGAGAUUCCAGCAUGCACCAAAUACACUCUGGAUUUACCGCAGAUUGUGUUUCUAGUUCUGAUUCAAGUUCUAGACAACAAUUGGGCAGAAGAGCAGAAAGGAAAGAAAAAAGUCUCAGGCCAACUGUUAUCAGCCGGGUUCGUACAGAAUCACAGACAGAAAGACAGAAACAUAGAGUGGUACCAGAGGAGCGACCUGAUAAAUGGAAAUCUCCAUCCCAGGUGGAGCAACCAAUAGAUCUAAAGAUGGUCUUUCCCAUUGGCCAACAGAUAUUUAGAGAUCCAGUAGAGCACCAAUCUCAACAGUGCAGGUACAAAGUCAAGGGACCACACUGAUGGCCUGACAUGAAGAGGACCAUCUUUCAGUCUCUUCUAAGAUACACAUGUUUGCGACAGAUUAGCCUUGAUCGAUCAUUUUGUUCAAACUCUACAGAAUGCUUUGAACUGGCAAGGUCUUCUUAGUGAGGAUCAUCACAUUAAUAUCACAUGGUUAAUGACAGUGUGUUAAGUCUUAGCCUUCAGGAGGUAAAAAAACAAACAAACAAACAAACAAAAAAAACACCGUUUAGAAUUUUACUCUCCAAAAUGCAAAUGGCAGCUAAAAAUGAAAGGUUUUACAACCCAAACUGGGGUAUUUGUUUAUAAGACAAUAUUCAUACAAGCACCCACUCAUAUGUUUGUUUUACUGGUAAUAUCAUCAGUCUAAUAGUAUUAAAUGAAAUCUACUGGAAUUUUGAAUAUUUUAUACUUCCGUAGAUAUAAUGUCCCAUUUCGUUUAUCUAAAAUCUACCUUAAGUGCUGAAGAUUUUCACAGACAUACUGUAUUAAUAUUUGCUGAUAUAGCAUUGUUAGCCUGUGAGAAGAACAUAUCUGGUGACAAGCACCAGAAUUUUCAAAUUGGAUUUUUUUGAGAGCUCCUUUUUACAGUCUAGCAAAUUUAAAGCACUCAAGAAAAACUGUGGGUACAAAAUAGACAAUCUCAGCCUAAUGCUAUGUUUGCUCUGAAUUCAGGUGUAGGAAACUUUAGAAUUGGGUCAAGAACUGAGUGUGAGCAACACUUUGGGCUUUCGCACCUAAAGAGUAAAGCUGAUCCUACCUUUGGGGAAACCAGACCUACUGUAGAGCUAGAUACAAAUGCAUUGGGAAAUUCACAGGGGGCUGACUGCUUAGUUCUCGGUGCCUAAAAGAAUGGUUGAUGCUUAUGCUGCAAAAAUGGUUUGUUGUUCAUAUACUAACUUUUUUUUUUGUACUUCUGAGCUGUUUUUUUUUAUGGAAUUUUGUGUAUAAUUGCUACAAGAUAGUGUUAAGACAUAUAAACUGGUUUUCAAAAUAUUUUCUUGUUUUGUAUGUCUACACUCAUGGGUUUGUAUGCACUUAUUACCAGUAAUACUUACUAGUGACAGGGACCUACAAUUUCUGACAGUGACAUUUGAUCAGAGAUUAUAAAGUAGGUAUUACACGGUAAUCCUGGACGAGUCCGACGUUCAAAUGACUGACUGAAAUGAUUCCUUAAACCAGACGUAUUGUCCAAUUUUUUUUUUUAAUUCAUAAAUGAGUUUCUACCUGCAGUCGGUUGCCAUAUAGUGUAUGACAUACCAAAAUGUAAACCCUAUAACCAUGGUUUCAACUUGUCUUGUCAUAUAUGAGCUCUGAUUUAACUAAAGCUAGUAAGGAAGUACGAAAAAUUGUUGGUGAAUCUAUAUAUUAUAUAUACUUUUACUAAUCUAACCAAAAGUGCAAGAGAUCCGCAAGAGCAUUAGUGAGUUCAUUCACCGGUGAUGGAUGAGGAGGCAUGGACCUGUUCAGGACACACGGUUUUCCGCUACAACAACGACAAACUAUAUCUUUAUGGAGCUAGCUUUGUGCUCAGGGCAUUUUCAGGCAGGACCUUUUGGGCUUUUUAGUUUCUGUGAAUGGAAACUAAUUGGUGAAACAGUUUGGGUGGAAAGGUGAAAUGUUCAGGUGUCCACAUGCCUUUGGGUAUAUACUGUAUUUCACCAUCGUAUGAUAGGGAAUAUCAGAAAUGUAUUAUUUGUCGUGACAGGAAAGCAUCAUAAACUGUCCCUAUAUAUCUAACAUGUUUGCAUGUGGAGUUUAUAUCGGUUUAUCUAUUAAAGUGUCUGAAUUCA